AUGACUUGCAACCACAAGUGGAGAUCAUACAAAAAGAGGCUUAAAAAGAAUUUCUUGGUCAACGAGAAUGAGAGAAAUCCACUUGAAACCUAUUCAUAUUUGGAGAAGACUACAUUGCAGAAAUUUAAGGAAAGGAUAUCAUCAAAGGAAUUCCAGGAUAUAAGUGAGAAAGCAAGGAUGAGUUCAAUGUGUAAUACGAAUCCAGCCCGAGUAGGCCCACAUGGUUAUCGGGGCAACAAACCUAAGUGGGAACAAGAGAAGGCAUCCGGUGAGCUGCCGUCACAAUUGUAUGACAUAAAAAGCGAGUGUUCCUUAGAUUAUGUGUUGGCGAGAAGAUCUAAAAAUGAGUCAGGGUCAAAAAUAAUACCACCUAACAUGGAACCCAUAGUAAAAAAGCUUGUAGAUGUCCAAAAAGAAAUAUCUGAAGGUGAUUUGUUGCUGGGUCCCGGAGAGGAUUUGUUGACUAAGACAAUAGGACCGGAGCACCCUGGUCGCACCAGGGUGGUGGGGCAUGAUAUUGGCUUAAGAAACGGGAUGUAA